AGGAGGGAGGGAGUUGGGGGAAGAGAGAGAGAGAGAGAUUUCUUCUCUCUGCCAAUGUCUCGUCCUGGUGUUAUCACCUGCAAAGCUGCGGUGGCAUGGGGCCCAGGUGAGGCGCUGGUGGUGGAGGAGGUGGCGGUGGAUCCGCCGAUGCCGGAGGAGAUUCGGGUCAAAGUCGUCUGCACUUCUCUCUGCAGGAGUGAUGUCACUCAAUGGGAAUCCAAGGCUCAACCUGCUCUAUUUCCUCGCAUUUUUGGCCAUGAAGCAUCGGGGAUUGUUGAGAGUGUGGGAGACGGGGUAACCGAAUACGAAGUUGGAGAUCACGUACUCACAGUAUUUGUCGGUGAGUGCAUGCACUGCAAGCAUUGCGUAUCUGGUAAGAGUAACAUGUGCCAGAAAUUGGGUCUUGAAAGGAAGGGUGUUAUGCACACGGAUCAGAAGACUCGGUUCUCAAUCAAAGGAAGGCCUGUUUACCAUUAUUGUGCAGUUUCAAGCUUUAGCGAAUAUACGGUAGUUCACUCUGGGUGCGCAGUGAAAAUCAGCCCAGCUUCUCCGAUGGAUAGGAUCUGCCUUCUAAGUUGUGGUGUUGCUGCCGGCAUUGGUGCAGCUUGGAAAGUUGCUGAUAUAUCCAAAGGAUCAACUGUAGCUAUUUUUGGUCUUGGAACUGUAGGCCUCUCAGUUGCUCAAGCUGCCAAACUAAGAGGUGCAUCACAAAUAAUUGGAGUAGAUACAAAUUCUGACAAAUAUGAGAAAGCAAAGGCUUUUGGUGUAACAAAAGUAAUAAAUCCAGGUGACUGCGAUGAACCCGUUCAACAGGUUAUUAAGAGGCUGACUGAUGGAGGGGCAGAUUACUCCUUUGAAUGUGUUGGUGAUACUGGAGUUGUAUCUAGUGCACUGCAAUCAUGCUGUGAUGGUUGGGGAUUGACUGUGACAUUAGGUGUACCAAAAGUGAAGCCUGAAGUUUCAGCACAUUAUGCUUUGCUCCUCUCAGGAAGAACAUUAAAGGGUUCUCUAUUUGGAGGAUGGAAGCCAAAGUCUGAUCUUCCAUCAUUAGUUGAUAAGUACUUGAAUAAGGAAAUACAAGUCGAUGGUCUUGUUACACAUGACUUGCCAUUUAGCAGUAUCAAUGAAGCCUUCAAUCUGAUGAAAGACGGAAAGUGUUUGCGAUGUGUGAUUCAUAUUAACAAAUGAAUUUUUGUAUUAUUGAAAUUUUAGCCGCUUUGGCAUUUCAUGUAUUUUUAGACCUUUUCUCUAUUUGCAUUGGUAACCAAUAUUUAUUAGUAUAUGGGGAGUAAGGGAAGCUAUUAGCUUCAAUAUGUCAAAUAAAAGUCACCUGUUUUGAGUUUA